AUGAAGGGGAGGUAUCGCAGCAACUCCCCUCCUCCUUUCACUCUCGAGGAUUUAGGAGUGACCACUACCUUUCCUAGCCCGGUUGAAUGCCCUCGUUGCCAAUGGAAAAAGAAGACAGGCCACGUUCUAGCUUGUAGUCCUUCUCCACUCCGAGUAGAGCUCGACAUUCAAACUACCAUUCCGUUGGGGUCACACUUGCAAAUUCAAAGGAGUGGGGUCACACUUGCACAACUCUUGGCUACUCCAAUUGCUCCAAGGACUUAUACUCCUCCAGCCACUGCCCCUACUGCCAAAGUUCUUGAAACUACCCAAGCUACUCCAACUGCCGUAGUAGCAGAAAAUCUUGCCCGUGAAACCAGGGCUAGAAGGAAGCGCCCUCGGGGAGCGGGCCAAACUUCAACUACUCUCAACCCAGAAAACUCCCUUCACGACCUUAGGGAUGCCCGUGUCAAUGUCACGGGGGCUCCUACCUAUACAUACUCCUUCUCAGUAGACAGAGUUCCCCUUCCUGUGAUUGAUAGGGUCAGACCAUGGAGGGAAGGUCACGGGGGGAAGGUUACUGAGAGUGUUGGCAAGGCUUUCCUGUUGCCUGAGGAUAUGAAGCAUUUGGCUAAAUGGGAUGAUGACUCCCUCCUUCUGAACAUGAAAAGAGAAGCCAUCAUGGGGUAUCAAUGCUCUGUGGUGAUUGAGGAGAGAUACUAGGAAGCUAAAGCCAAGGUCAAGGAAUUGUGCAAUGAUAAUGAGGAUCUUCUCAAAAAGAUCUUAGAUGUCAUGAACAAAGUCUCGGAAUCAGAGAGGCUACGAUCCGAGGCAAAAGAAAACACCAAGACCAUCGUGGAAAGAGCAGAGACCCUGGAGAAGGAGUUUUAAGAAGCCAAGAAGAUGCUUGCAGACAAAGAUGCCGAGCUGAAAGGAUAUGAAGCAGCUGAUGAUGCUAAGCUCUAGGAAGCCUACUACCAGGGUCAGUAUGACUGCAUUGCUAUUAUUAAACUCGAGGUUCAGCAGAAGCUUUCAACCUACCUCUCCAAAGGAUGGAUUGCUACCUUGGACAACUUGCAGGUAGAGGCUUCAUCUUCUCUUGGGGUUGAGAGCAACAUACCAAUCCCCGAGGAGUUGGUCAUCAUUCCAAAUCCUGAGAUCCAAGCAAUCAUUAAUGACGAAUCUCCCACCCGUGAGGUUGAAGGAGUUGGAAAUCUCCCACCUGUGAGGUUGAAGGAGUUGGAACUAUCUCUGCGGUUUUAUCUUCAACCAAGGAACCUCCUCGUCCUUAACCUUUUUUUUUUUUAGUCUUUUUAUGUUUCAAGACAAUUCUCCAAUUUUGCCUGGUUUUUGGGGCUUUUGCUUUAGUACUUAGUGUUUGAAGUAUGUGCUUGAUGAUACUUGUGUUGCUCUUUCAUCCAUCUAUUUUAUACGUUUGUAUUUCUCGGGUUUAUUCAUCUAAUGGCUAUUUUCAAUA